AUGCUAAUUACUGUAUGGGGUUAUAAAUUAACUGCAUUUAUAUAUGUAUAGAUAUAGAUAUAGAUAUUCACUGUUGUAUAUUUACUGAGAAGAACAGAAUCGAGUGAAAGAGAAUCCACAGGACAAUAUUUUCGAAUUUGUUUGUUGAGCAGUCGUCGGCUAUGUCUAUUGCUAAAAGCGCCAUUCUCAAACUCUGCAACUCCUUCUCCAGCAACAAUGGCGGGGCCAUUAAUGUCUCUGGGGUUUGCUUCAGUACUGCUUUCAGACAAUCUGAGGGCAGUACUGAGGGGAUGAAGGAGAAGGCCUCCGCCGCCGCGGCCACGGCGGCGGACAAGACAAAACAAGGCGUAAAUCAGAUCAAAGGCACCGCAGAGGAGAUGGCUGAUGUAACCAAACAAUACGCGCGCGACGUCAAAGAGAUGGCCGAGGAUUCUGCACAAACUGCGGCGGAGAAUACAAAGAACGCCGCCGGGAUGGUGGCGGAGACGGGCAAGGGCGCGGCGGAGAAGGUGAGGAUCACCGUGCACCACAUGAAGCAGAAGGCGUCGGAGAUCGCCGGAAACGAGGAAGACGCCGGCGUGGACAAGUUCGUGGAGGACCACAUCAGGCAGCCGGUCAGAGAGCAUCGGAAGAACUCCUAA